GUAGUGUUCACGACAUUACACAAACAGUCUUACUGCACACACACAUACAUACACAUACACACACAUACACUCAGCAGCUCUUCCUCUAAGAGCUCAAGCUGUCUGUAACUGUUUCUCUUGUGGGUGUUUAGACAGCCCACAGCUGCUCUGGAGAAGGUCACAAAGGACCAAAAGCAGAGAGAAAAAGAAGAACAGGACAUUUUUUUUUUUUCUGUUUUUCGGGUCACCUGCAAGCCUGUUUUGGAGACUAAGUGAGAUUGGACUGAGUCGGCUUGACAGCCACCCUAGAGGUUGUCAUGGUAACUGACCACAGCAAGUUGACCUCAGAAUGCUGGAUGGUGAACGGAGAUAGAGUCACUUUGUCAAGCCAGUGAAAGUGACUGUGAAGAAGGAGGCAGGAGAGCACAGGGAGAGGAUGGAGGACAGCUUUUCCAGCUACAGCUCUCUCUAUGACACCUCCUCACUGCUGCAGUUCUGUAAUGAUGACAGUGCUUCGGCAACCAGCAGCAUGGAGGUGACGGACCGACUCGCAUCCCUGGAGCAGCGUGUACAGAUGCAGGAGGAUGAGAUUCAGUUACUUAAAUCAGCAUUAGCCGAUGUGGUGAGGAGACUCAACAUCUCAGAGGAGCAACAGGCCAUGCUAAACAGGAAGGGACCAACCAAAGCCAGGCCAAUGAUUGCAGCACUGCCAUUAAAGCAUACAGUACACAAUGGCAACGUCUUACCAAAGAAAAGCGCCACUCUGCUGUCACCCUCAGGCUCCAAGAAGGACAAUACACCAGCAACCAAAAGUGUGUCCAGUCUGUCCAGCUUAUCCAAGUUUCCACUUAAGCCAUCCUACAGCACUGUGAAAAGAACAAGUUCAUCAGAGCUUCUGGGCCCCAGCAGUAGAAAAGAAGGAGGAGGUAAAGCCGAGAGCAACCGUACACGCACCACCUCAAUUGGAAGCAACUCAAGCGGCAAGAGAGUCAGUGAGAGCAAACAGAAGGAGCCUGUAUUCAGUGCUGGGAUGCGGCGGGUGACACAUUGCAAAGAUGAAGGCUAUGUCAAAAUGUAUUUGAAAGGAAGACCCAUUACCAUGUACAUGCCAAAAGAACUGGUUGACACAUACUGUCUAGAAGCAAAAGCCGAUCUGCCUCCUAAGAAACUGAAGCUAGAUUGGGUCUAUGGCUACCGGGGCCGUGACUGUCGAUCCAAUCUGUAUUUGCUCCCCACUGGAGAGACGAUUUAUUUUAUUGCCUCUGUGGUGGUAUUGUACAACGUAGAUGAGCAGUUGCAGAGACACUACACUGGACAUACUGAUGACAUCAAAUGUCUAGCUGUUCAUCCUGAUAAAAUCACCAUAGCAACAGGACAAGUGGCUGGAACCUCUGCGGAUGGCAAACAGUUAGCCCCACAUGUUCGUGUUUGGGACUCUGUGAGUCUAAACACACUGCACGUUCUUGGAACUGGCUUUUUCGACAGAGCUCUUGUGUGCCUCUCCUUCUCUAAGUCGAAUGGAGGCAGCUGGUUGUGUGUAGUGGAUGACUCCAACGAUCAUGUCCUUUCAGUAUGGGACUGGCAGCGAGAAGAGAGACUCGCUGAUGUUAAAUGCUCCAAUGAGUCCAUUUUUGCUGCUGAUUUCCAUCCAACAGAUGCAAACAUAAUUGUAACAUGUGGGAAGUCCCAUCUUUGCUUUUGGUCCCUUGAAAAAGGCUCCCUUCUAAAGAAACAGGGCUUGUUUGAGAAACAAGAGAAGCCCAAGUUUGUCUUAUGUGUGACUUUUUCAGAAAAUGGUGACGCUAUCACUGGUGACUCCAGUGGAAAUAUACUUGUUUGGGGCAAAGGCUCUAAUCGCAUUAGCUUGGCCAUUCUGGGUGCACAUGAAAGCAGCGUGUUUGCUCUGUGCAUGUUGAGAGACGGCACAUUGGUUUCAGGUGGGAAAGACCGUAUGCUCACUUCCUGGGAUGGAAACUACCAGAAGAUUCAUAUGGUCGAGGUUCCUGAAAUGUAUGGGCCUAUUCGUACAGUUGCUGAGGGAAAGGGAGAAACUAUUCUUAUUGGAACAACUAAAAACUAUAUCUUGGUGGGCAAUCUGAAAGGGGAAUUUACUCCCAUUACACAGGGCCAUACUGAUGAAUUAUGGGGCUUAGCUGUGCACCCACUGAAGCUGCAGUUCCUCACCUGUGGCCAUGAUAAACUGGUCAGUCUAUGGGACUCUGAAUCCCAUCAGCCACUAUGGACCAAGACACUGGAGGAUGCUGCUCAGUCUGCCGGCUUCCAUCCCUCUGGGGCAACCGUUGCCAUAGGAACACAGACAGGCAGGUGGCUUGUUCUGGAUACCGAAACUAAGGAUCUAGUCACAGUACAUACGGAUGGAAAUGAACAGCUCUCAGUUAUGCUCUUUGCUCCUGAUGGCAAUUUCCUUGCUAUUGGGUCACAUGACAAUUACAUCUACGUUUAUGCUGUAGCUGAGAAUGGCAAGAAGUACAGUCGAGUGGGAAAAUGCUCAGGUCACUCCAGUUUCAUUACUCAUCUAGACUGGUCUUUAGACUCUCAGUACCUGGUGUCCAACUCUGGAGACUAUGAGAUACUUUACUGGAUUCCUUCUGUGUGUAAACAAGUAGUGAGCGUGGAAACUGCUCGAGAUAUCCCAUGGGCCACCUUUACCUGCACACUAGGCUUUCAUGUGUUUGGCUUGUGGCCAGAUGGUUCUGAUGGGACAGAUAUUAAUGCUGUGUGCAGUUCCAAUGAGAAGAAAAUUCUCGCCACUGGGGAUGAUUUUGGAAAAGUGCACCUCUUCUCAUUCCCCUGCUCUCAAUCCAGAGCUCCUAGUCAUAUCUAUGGCGGUCACAGCAGUCAUGUCACCAAUGUUAACUUCCUGUUUGAUGACAGCCACUUGGUGUCCACUGGAGGAAAGGAUAUGAGUGUAAUGCAGUGGCGUGUGAUAUAAACAACUGCUGACAGUGUAUGCGAAAUUGGAGUUGGACUAUUUCCAUUGCUAGUCAAUUUAAAUGAAGGUGUGGUAGUCAUUUAAAAGCAUAUCCAUGUGUAAUGAAUUGAGGCAAACAGAUUAAGCUAUUGUUUGCUAUUUGCUCAAACAAACUCAGCAUUCUAAUUAAGUGUAGUGUCUCUUCAGCCAUAAGGAGGACUAUUCUGCACACUCAACCUACACAUUUACUUUGGAAUGAUGAAUAUGACAUUUUUUUUCUACAUAAGAUGCAUUUUAUGUGAUGCCAAAGCUCAUAUAAAACCAGUUACAGCAGAUGGUGGUGUAUGACCCCACCGUCUGGCCUCAAGAAGUAUUGCGCCACUAAUGCGUGAUGGAAUUUAUGCUCGUCUCAAAACCUCCUGAACUGAUCUCUGCUUUCACUGAUUUUUUUGUUAAAGACAUUGUAUAUAUUAAAGAAGUAAAACAGCAUGACUUUACCAAACACAGCAAAGACACUGUGAUCAAAAUAACCCCCAUUUAUACCAAAAUGACUUCUUUACAAAUACAAAAAUACAAAACACUAUAGCCAGUGAUUCAUAGUUACGGUACUAGGCUCUUAUUAAUUUAUUAUUUACUAAGCCUAAAUAAAGUUUUGUAAUUACCUGAAAUGUAUGGUACUGGUACAUAUUAAAGUGCAUAAAGUAUUCACAACCUUACCCCUUAUAUGCCCCACUUUCAGAUUUUGAGUGUUACAGCUUCAGCAAACAGAUCUCAAUCAACUCAUUUAGUAGUACAAUUAUUAAAAUAUAAAAAAUUCUCCAAAAUUAUAGGUUUUGUGUAGAUCACAUUAAUCAUCAUUUUAAUUAAUUCUAUUUCAUUUUCCAGUCAAUACUUAUUCAGUACACUGAAUUUGAUUCAUUUCAGUUGUCUCUGGGCUACUUUUUGAACUUAAUAAGACAUUACUAACCUUAAUUUUCAUUAAUGGCAACAAAUAUAGCAAUGCAAUGUAUUUACUCUCAAAACUACUCUAUGCUGAACUUUCUCUGCAUUGCCUAAUAACUGUAACUAUGCUUUAAUUCUUUUUCACUGAAAGAGAAAAAACUCAUCAGGGUUUUAUUAGCUGUAGUUGUUUUUAAUGAUUGUCUUAGCACGCACAUUGUUGGCUGUUUUUUUUAAAAGACUUUUUCAUUCAGAUUUUUAUUUGCCUAUUGAUUGGCAGGUAGCACAAUGUAAAAAUGUGAUUUUUUUUUUUUUUUUUUUUAUUUAGGAGUAGACCCUUUUUCAGCUGGACAGCUGAAAUUGGAUGUUUUACAUCAGUAUAUUAAUAAUUCAGUAGCCAUGAUGGUAUUAGGCAUGUAACUGCCAAUUAUGAACAGACAGCAAUUGUUGCAGAAUGCAUAAUAAAAUGUAGUAACCUGGUCUCCUUGUAAUCAAUAACUUUGAUACUUAGUUCAUGAUUAAAUUAAUUCAAACCUG